AUGCGCCGCAGAUGGCUGCUAGUGGUCUUCGCCUGCUUCGUCUCUGGCGUCAUCUAUCUGUUCCGCCGUGACCAAACACUGCAAAACACGCUCAGCUACAGCACACGGCCGCUCUGGGACAAAGAGGACAGCACUUUUCCGCAAAACGAGAUCCAACACUUCACGGCCUGGUCAGUCAGCGCCAACGACACAGCAGCAUGCAAACGACAUGGCUGGGAACCAUAUCCGCAGCGUCCCAAGGUAUACGAUGUCAUCAUCUUUAGCGUUGAGCUAGAGAUGCUCGAGCUGCGCCUCGAAGAGCUGUACGAAGCGGUCGAUACGUUUGUCAUCGUCGAAAGCAACACCACCUUCACAGGAAAGCCGAAGAAGCUGGGUUUCGACGCCAGUAGAUACGCUCGAUAUCGCGACAAGAUUCGCUAUCUUACCAUUGCCGGCAGAAGUCUCUUACCCGGGGAGGGACCUUUUGCCAUUGAAGGCGAACAGCGACGACGCGUCACAGAGCUGCUUCGCAGCGAGGUUCAACCACCAGAGGGAAGCUUGAUUCUCAUGUCCGAUGUCGACGAGCUGCCAUCACUCGGCGCUGUGCAGCUUCUUUCUUCUUGCCGAGCGCCUUUGCCAUUGCAUCUAUCGCUCAAGUCGUAUGUCUACUCAUUCGAAUUUCCAACCAGCGCCAAGUCCUGGCGAGCUCAAGUUCACGCAUGGUCCACAACCGACACUUGGUACAAUCACGGCAAGAACAGCGACAACAUCCUGCUCGAUGCCGGCUGGCAUUGCUCUUCUUGCUUCAGUCGAAUUUCGGACUACCAGUUCAAGAUGCAAUCGUACAGUCACAGCGAUCGACUGUUCGGCAACCGACACUGGCGCCAGCUGUUGCAGCCAAAGGUGAUAUUGGAUCACAUCUGUCAAGGCAAAGACCUUUUCGACAUGCUGCCGGAAGCGUAUACAUGGAGCGAGUUGUUGUAUCGCUGGAGCGGCGAGGCAAAGAGCAACAGCACGGCCAAUCUACCGCAAGCGCUCAGCCAGAAUGAGCAGCAGUACCGCUUCCUGCUUCCUGGUGGUUGUCGAGAUAGAGACUUGUCGUCUGUAUUGCAAUCGAAGCUGUGGUAA